AUGGCUGGUGGAAGGUUCACUCGGACAAAUUCUCAAGAUCCUCCUCUUCUACAAAGACUAGACAGAUUUUUCAUGUCAAUAGAAUGGGAAGAUCAAUGUCCAGGGUUGGUACAAACAAGACUAAAAAGACCUACAUCUGACCAUGCUCCAAAUCUUUUGAGCUGCAAUGCAUGUACUUCUUUCAAAACGCCCUUCAGAUUUGAGAACUAUUUCUUAUCUCAUCCAGACUUUUUGAACAAUUUGAAAAUUUGGUGGAACACUUUAACUUUUGUUGGUAAACCAAGUUAUAUUCUUGCUAAAAAACUUCAAGGAUUGAAAUUUUUUAUCAAAAAAUGGGGAAGAUAUACUUACGGAUCCUUACAAGCUGAAGUGGAUAGACUUGAAAAUCUUAUUGAUGUGAUGGACAAUCUGGAUGAGAUAAAUGUUUUAUCACAGGAAGAUUUUACUGAAAGGGAAGAUUUCAGGAUUCAACAUAAAAAGGCUUCUCUAAAUCUAGCAAGAAAAUGGCAUGCAAGAUCUAAGGGUCAAUGGCUCAUGGAUGGUGAAAGGAAUUCAAGAUUUUUUCAUAAAAAUGCUUCUUGUAGAUAUAUAACUAAUGGCAUUACUUCUCUGGUCAUUAAUGAUACUAUGUGUCAUGACAAGGAAGAAAUAAAUUCUGAAGCAAAAAGAUUUUACAGUGAUUUUUUCAAAGAAGAAUUCUCUCUAAGACCAGCUUUUGAUGACUUAGCUCUGCCUUCUCUCUCAGUGCAAAAUAGUAUUCUGCUGGAAAGAUCCUUUGAAGAAGAAGAAAGUGUGCAAGGUAAUCAAAUGUUUUGGUUUGAAUAA